UUUCACGCGGUAAUGGAUCGCCACUUUCUUUCUCCUCGUCUUGCCUUGAUCCUGUCCUGGCCAACGACGAGGCUCCCCACAAUUCCCUCCUCCUGCGAACGCAUGGUAUCCCAAGAAACCAAGAAACAGAGCAAGAAAUAUCAUAGAGGGAGCAGAGUACAGAGAGAGAAAGAGGGAUAAGCGCUUGCUUGCUGGGAGAGCCAUGGAUGAGAUCAUGAACAAGAUGGGCUCCUACUGGCUGGGGCAGAGGGCCAACAAAGAGAUGUCGUCGGCCGGUGACGACAUCGAGUCGCUCUCAACCAGUGUCGGGGACGGAGCAAAAUGGCUGGUAAACAAGCUCAAGGGUAAGAUGCAGAAGCCGCUGGCGGAGCUGCUCCAGGAGCACGACCUUCCGGCGGGGUUGUUCCCGCGGGAGGCCACCAACUACGAGUUCGAGCCGGAGACGCGGCGGCUGACGGUGCACAUCCCGGCGGUCUGCGAGGUCGGCUACAGGGACGGCUCCGAGCUGCGUUUCGACACCACGGUGACCGGCACGCUGGACAAGGGCAGCCUGACGGGGGUGGAGGGCCUCAAAGCCAAGGUGCUCGUCUGGGCCAGGGUCACCGCCGUCAAGGCCGACGCCGCAAAGGUCUACUUCGCCGUAGGCAUCAAGAAGUCGCGCAGCCGCGAGGCAUACGAGGUCGUCAGAGGCGCCAUCACCGUCGACGAGUUCUAGAUUCUAGUCGCGCGCUCGCCGAGAUGAUUAUUCUACCGAAAUAAUUGAUCAUGUGCUUACACUACCUGCUGUAAGAGGAAGAUGCUUGUAAAUGGGGAUUCAUAAUUCGGUUUUGCAGCUCA